CCCUGACUUUCACAAUUAACCAACAAACACCAAACCUUACAAAAGCCUAAUCCAUCAUCCGAGACUGUCAUAGAUCGAUUUGCCUCACUGAGCUCUAUCGAACGAUACGCGACAUACCCCUACUUAGCCACCUGUGCAAAAACGCGACCGUGAUCAUUUUCACCACCGCGAACGAACGAACGAAAAGAAGCAGAAAAACACGUUCAUAAACGCGUCAUAGAAGGCGCAAAACAAGGAAGAAUAUGGCACGAGAAAAGCAACGACCGAUGACGACGGCAGGGACGAAAGGUCGGCGAAAAUCCGGUGCGCAGCCCGGCGACCCAGUCCCAAAGGGAAAAUCCCGCCGGUAUCGCCCCGGCACCCUCGCCCUUCGCGAAAUCCGCCGCUACCAAAAAUCCACAGACCUCCUCCUCAGCAAACUCCCCUUCUCCCGCCUCGUCCGCGAAAUAACAACCGAAUACAUCCCGGAAGGACUGAGAUGGCAAAGUCUCGCGAUCCAGUGUUUACAGGAAGCCGCGGAAGCUUAUUUGGUGCAUUUGUUUGAGGAUACGAAUUUGUGUGCGAUUCAUGCGAGGAGGGUUACGAUUAUGCAGAGGGAUAUUCAGUUGGCGAGGAGGUUGAGGAGGAUGGGAUAGUCCGUACUCGGAAAGAGUGCGAUUAUGAUGAAGGAGGAACGGGAUGUGGCCUAGAGCCUACCGAGAGAGACGAACGAAAGCGAAUAACCCGAGGACAAAGGGUAGAUCGAAAUACAGUGCCUGGAGCACGCCGGAAUGGAUUUUAUUGGACUUCUUUGAUUGUUAGC